AUGUCGUCUUCUCCAAUCCUCGGUCCGUCGCGCGACGACUGCAAAUCGCCCUACGAUGAAGAACGCAUGGAAUGGGGCCCUUCAGUCCCCAAGAAGUACCUCCGACUGCCAAGGCUUGGUCGCUCCAACGUGAUCCUUCUUCUCAUCGACGUCUUUAUUGUCACUGUCCUCGUCAACGCUUUUUGGCCGCUCAUCACUCUGCUCCGACGCAACGAGGAGCUCUUUGGCGCACGCCUCACAUUCGAGCUCAACGGUACUUCGACGCCUACGUUGCCCGAGCAGCAGACGAUACCGAGAAUCUUCCACCAGACGAGCGCGAACGAGACUAUCCGUCCGGCAUGGGCGGACUUGGUGAAGAGCUGCAAGGCUACAUAUUCUGACUUUGAGUAUAUGCACUGGACCGACGAGAAGGCUCGCGACUUUAUCGCUGAAGAGUACCCUUGGUUUAUCGACACCUGGGACAACUUCCCGUUCAACAUUCAGCGCGCCGAUGCUAUUCGUUACUUUGUUCUUCACCACUACGGCGGUAUCUACCUCGACAUGGACACAAUGUGCAACGCGACCAUUCCUCUCGAGCAGAUUGAAGCCAACGGCGCCACUCACCACGCCGUUUUUAAAUCUACAACUCCUACCGGCGUGUCCAACGACAUGAUGAUUACCUCUCCCCGCCACCCAGCUUUCACGAAGGCUCUCUCGCGCAUCCAACUCUACAACGACAUCACCAAACCCUGGAGGCACAUCGUCCCCCACGUCGCAGUCAUGGUCUCCGCCGGUCCGCUCUUCCUGACCAUGGCGCUGAAGAACUACCUUCUCGAACAGCCCUCUCUGCCCGAAAAUACAGUUCAGGUCAUCAACGCGACGUCGCUGGAGCCAUACCUUACAGAUUUCGAAGGUGCGUCAUGGCACCACGGUGAUACCAAGGCACUGAUGUGGGUUGGUGAUCGACCCUGGGUUUGGUACAUGCUCGGUGCGAUUGGACUUGGCGCGGGGCUGUACGUGGUCAACAUGCUUAUGAUGAAGUGCUGGACGAGAUUCUUUGAGAAGGCUCCUUUGAGCGAUGAGGCUAAGGAGGGUAUCAAGCUUACGUAG